ACCGGUUGAUAUUUCAGCUAGAGCUGUGCCAGCGAUCUGAGUUGCACCUUUGUUGGGAUAGGAAGCAAUGUACUUUUUAAUGAUGGAUUUCAGUCUUUCUGGACUCUUACAAAAUUUUGUGGAAAUGGCAGGAGGUCUUAAAGCGUGGGGAUCCUCACAAUCUGGUCUUCGUCAUCAGUCAAGAACAUGGAUGCUCGUACAUGGAAGCAGCAAUUCACGCCAUGGAAAUGAUCAACAACAGGAUCAAUGACCUAGAGACAGCGGCGGCCUACUUGCAGGUGGAAGCUCCCUACUCGAGUCAGAACGCAGUGGCAGAGUACACGAGAGUAUGCAGACAGUGGGUCACGGGCUCUCAGCAGCGAGAGAAAGUCUCUCGCUGCUGUUACAGUGUACAAAGAAGAGGCCCGAUGAAGAGGCAUUUCUGCACUUCUAUCUGUGAGGUGCAUAAGUGGAUGAGAGGACUCGCGUUGUUGUAUGCAAUAUGGGUAUGCGGAUCACGGCGAUUCAUUGAGAAAGGCAAGGAGUGGAGCUGCCCAAUUGAUGUGGAUUCAUUGUCGGAUGUUACCAACAGCGACGAUGAGGUGGACAUAAUUGAGAAUCAAAUUUAUAGGGUCCAACCUAAUGUGCGGCCAUCUACUCAGGGAUCUCGUUCCCGACCGUCAGACUCGAAGCUGACACUCUUCAUCAGAUCCUCGACGGAGCUCCGAUUCUCUCGUAUAAGCCUCAAUAUGUUUGCUACUCCGAAGAGCCUGUACGCGUUGGCAAACCACCUGGGCUGGUCCGGAGAGAACCAUGGCGCCAGCAAGCAGUCCACAGUGCAUUUCCGACUCUGGAACUUGCAAGCAGGGUGCGCUUCGUUCGGAGGGAAGCCCAUGCUCGAUGAAAGCACAACCAGGGAGCAAUCCCGCAUAGCCCUAUACAAAGGGUGCGGAACGACAUCAAAUAACUUCAUCAUGACAUUUAUAUUUUCGGUGAUAUCUAAUUGGAGAUCGCUGUGCUAUACCUACUACGCUACUCGCAUCGACACAUUAUCGUUAGCGUAUCACAUCAAAAGCGCAGGUGAAAUCGUCACUUUUGGCUCGCCGACAAUAAGCAACAACCGCGAGACAAAUAAGCAGCGGUUUCGCUGA